AUGCCCACCUGGACACACCUUGGAGAUACCCAGUGCCCACCUGGAGAGCACACAGGUGCCCAGUGCUCACCUGGACACACCUUGGAGAUACCCAGUGCCCACCUGGAGAUCACACAGGUGCCCAGUGCUCACCUGGACACACCUUGGAGGUGCCCGAUGCCCACCUGGAGAGCACACAGGUGCCCAGUGCUCACCUGGACUGACCUUGGAGAUACCCAGUGCCCACCUGGAGAGCACACAGGUGCCCAGUGCCCACCUGGACUGACCUUGGAGGUGCCCUGUGCCCACCUGGAGAGCACACAGGUGCCCAGUGCCCACCUGGACACACCUUGGAGGUGCCCCGUGCCCACCUGGAACCCCGCAGGUGCUCCUGGCCUGGGGGACCCCGUGCCCCGCCCCUGUGCACACCUGAGCCUGCAGGUUCAUACUGGUUUAUACUGGUUUAUACUGGUUCAGGCCAUGGACACCCCCUCGGAUGAAGGUGACGAUGACGAUGAUGAGCAGGCUCAGGAGCGCCCCCUGCAGAUCACGGGUGUCCCCUCAGAGGCCGUUGAUGAUGAUGAAGGUGAUGACGAUGAUGAUGAGCAGGAUCAGGAGUGCCCCCUGCAGAUCAUGGAUGUCCCCGUGGAGGCCGCUGAUGAUGAAGGUGACGAUGACGAUGAUGAGGAGUCGGUAGCAGAAGCUCAGGAGCGGCUCCUGCAGGCGCUGAUGGCCCGCGCUGACCGGGCGCUGCCCCGGCGGGCGCUGGAGCGGGACUGGGCCGUACUGGGAGAGCUGGGCAGCGGCUCCUACGGGCGGGUGCUGCUGGCACGGCCCCGGCGCGGAGGUGCGCAGGUGGCUCUGAAGCUGCUCUCCAAGGCGCGCACGCCCCGGCUCCGUUUCCUGCGCGAGUUCUGCACUCACCUGUGCCUGCGGGGGGCGCUCACCUGCGUGCAGGUGCUGCCGCUCGCCUUCGAGACGCCCACGGAGUUCGGCUUCGCCCAGGAGCUCGCACCUGCGGGGGACCUGUGCGGGCUGCUCACACCUGGGGUGGGUCUCCCGGAGCCGCAGGUGAAGCGCUGCGCCGCCCAGGUGUGCUCGGCGCUGUGCUACCUGCACGGCCACGCCCUGGUGCACGCGGACCUCAAGCUGGACAACGUGCUGGCCUUCGACCCCGAGUGCCGCCUGGUCAAGCUCGGCGACUUCGGCCUGACGCGCGUGCAGGGCGCGCCGGUGCGCCCCGCCCCCGGCCACGCCCCCUACGCGGCCCCCGAGCUGCUGCCCCGCCCCGCUGAGCCGCACCUGCCGCACCUGGCGCACCUGGCGCCGCCCGUGGACACCUGGGCGCUGGGCGUGCUGCUCUUCGCGCUGCUCACCGGCACCUUCCCCUGGACUGCGCCUGCGCGCUCCGACCCCGCCUUCCGCCGCUUCCGCGCCUGGCACCGCCGCGCAUGCGCGGAGUGGGCGGGGCAGGGGGCCGGGCAAGGGGCGGGGCAGGGGGCGGAGCCGCCGCCUCCGCCGCGCGCCUGGCGGGGUUUGGCGGGGGCGGGGCUGGAGAUGCUGCGGGGGCUGCUCCACCCCCGGGCCGGGAGGCGGAGCCCACCUGGGCACGUGCUCGGGUACCUGGGGGAGGCGUGGCUGCGGCGGGGGGCGCAGGUGAGGGGCACAGGUGAGGGUGGGAGCGGGCAGGUGAGCCCGGCAGGUGAGGGGGGACAGGUGAGCUCUGAAAGUGGGAGCAGCCAGGUGAGCUCUGCAGGUGAGAGUGGGAGUGGCCAGGUGAGCUCCAUAGGGGAGGAGGAACAGGUGAGGGUGGACAGUGAGAGUGGCCAGGUGAGAGUGGCCAGGUGA